CAUGCGGUUCAUCAAACCACGAUCGAUCGGCGGUGUGUGUUGAAUAAUCAUUCGGAACAUUUCGCGGGGAGAUUUUUACUAGUGAACAAUGAUUGUCAGGUCGUUAAAUGUGCGUCUGUUAGCGAGAAUUACUGUACAUCAGCAGCGGCUACGAAACUACACAGAAGGAAACAUUCUGAAGCUGCAGGAUCGUGGAUUUUUUCAGGAUGUUUUUCCAGCUGAAUCGAUCGACAAAGCCCGCAGCAUCUUAGGCGCCUCUCCGCAAACCAUCUACGCCGGUUUCGACCCAACGGCGGACAGUUUACACGUAGGCAACCUCCUAGUGAUCAUCGGCCUACUGCAUAGUCAACGGGCAGGCCAUCAACCGAUUGCCCUGCUGGGUGGUGCCACCGGUCAAAUCGGAGAUCCCAGUGGACGCAGCUCGGAACGCCAGGCGAUGCAGCUGGAAACGAUGAAUCGUAACCUAACCUCAAUCCGAGCGCAGAUCGAACGUAUCUUCGAACAUCACGCCCGGUUACUGUGGGAGGGACGAGGCCAAAGCGGCGCACUGAAACCGAUCCUGGUGGUAAACAAUGCCGACUGGUACAGGGAGCUAAACUUUGUCGAGUUUGUUUCCGGUGUCGGACGGCACUUCCGAAUGGGAUCGAUGCUGUCGCGAGCUUCCGUACAGAGUCGACUGCAGAGCGAUUCCGGGAUGAGUUUCACCGAGUUUACGUACCAAAUUUUCCAAGCUUACGAUUGGUCGCAUCUACUUACGACGCAUAACUGCCGCUUCCAGCUGGGAGGCAGUGAUCAGAUGGGAAAUAUUAUGUCCGGUCACGAACUGAUUUCACGGGUUAAUCGGAAGGAAGUUUUCGGGGUUACGCUGCCCCUGAUCACCAAUGAGGAAGGAGACAAAUUCGGUAAAUCCGCCGGGAAUGCAGUUUGGCUGGCAAGUGAAAAAACAUCGCCCUACGCGUUGUAUCAGUUCUUUGUCCGGACGCCGGAUUCGGAGGUGGAGAAGCUGCUGAAGCUGUUGACCUUUCUGCCGCUGGACGAGAUUCACAGUUUAAUGGCGAAACAUCGGCGAAUGCCGGAGUUGUGGGAGGCGCAGAAGCGUUUGGCCCAGGAACUAACUUUGCUGGUUCACGGUGAGGAAGGUCUACGAAAGGCGGAGGGCAUCAGUGCUGCGCUGUACAGUGGGAACGUGGAAGCCUUGGGUGAACUGGAGGUGUGCGAUAUCAAGCAGACUUUUGGUGGAGCUCCGCUGAUUGAAAUUUUGCCCGAGCCGGGGUUUACCGUGCUGGAUGUGGCGAUGAGGGCGCGGUGUUUUCCCACGGAAAAGGACGCCAUCCGGAUCAUUCAGGCGGGAGGCUUUUCGAUCAAUCUGAACAAGGCUAAGAAUGUGUCGGAGGUUCUAUCGCCGGGUGUUCAUAUUCUCAAGAAUGGCAUCUCGCUGCUUCGCGUCGGUAAGCGUAAUUAUUACAUUGUCAAGUGGUUAGUCUAGAUUUGGGGUUGUCUGUCGUUGAAAUAUUACAAAAAGAAAGCA